AUGUGGUGCACGACGUCCUACCUCGUCAAUCUGGUGGCAUCGACGUCAGACACUGGCGCAGGAGCGGCAGCAAACAGUGAGCGAGCGAGGAGUAAGAGCAGAAAUGGUGACGCGGCGCACGAUGUUCUCCCUCGCCGAUCUGUUGUUGUUGACGUCGGACACUGGCACAAGAGCAGAAACGACGACGCGGCGGAUGACAUCCUCUUUCGCCUCGAUCUGCUGGCGUCAACUUCUGCAUCUCCUUCUCCCAUCUCCGUUUGUUUCUCUGUCUCCUCUCUCCGCCGCCAUGGAUCCCUAAUUUCACUCACUAAGCCAUCUUGGGUUGUGAGAACGGAGUCAAAUGUUAAGAAGAAGAGAAGAAAGAAGCCGGAUCCACAUUGUGUAGUCUGUGAGGGGAGUGGACGAGUCGAUUGCCACCAGUGUUGUGGGAAGGGAACGACAAACAAGGUUUAUUUGGAAAUGCUCCCGAAAGGCGAAUGGCCAAAAUGGUGUAGAACUUGUGGCGGAAGCGGUCUUGGUUACUGCUCCCGUUGCCUUCGUACCGGAGAAUAUAGGUAUAUUAUGGGAUUCCAUUUCAUGAACAGGGACAGUGAAUUGAGUUUUUGCACAAUAAUAAUAAUAUAA